CCAAGUCCCGCCCCUCGUCCGCCCGCGUCCCAGUGUCCGAGGUUCCUGUGCUUACAUCUUGCUCGGCCUAGCGCGUCCUUUGCAGCCUUUUCCCGAGCCUAGCGCUUCCGGCGUGCCAGGACCUGCCCAGCAAGGGUCCUUUGUAACCCCUCCUCUUACCCUCUGGUCCUUCCGUGAUGGCCUUCAGACGUCCUCCUCUCUCCACUGAGUCAGUUUUUCUGUUUCCAGACCAUGUCUGGCUGCGUGUGUUGCAGAAGCUCAGCCAGAAGCGGCACAUCACCUCCUGGCUGGCCCGAUGGUUCCCCAAAACUCCGGCCCAGGCCGUAGUGGCCCAGAAAUCACCCAUCAAAGUGGAGCUGGUGGCCGGGAAAACCUACAGGUGGUGCGCGUGUGGCCGCAGCAAGAACCAGCGAACAGGCCUGGCCCCACUCAAGUUCAAGGCCCAGGAGACGCGCACCGUGGCCCUCUGCACCUGUAAGGCCACUAAGAGGCCCCCGUACUGCGACGGCACCCAUAAGAGCGAGCAGGUGCAAAAGGCAGAAGUGGGCACCUCGCUCUGAAGGGCCGCCCAGGGACCCCAGUCACCACACCCAGCCUGUGAAUGAAGUGCCUGCUGCUACUGAGGUGCCAGUCAUCAGCCAGGAGUGGGCACCUGGUUCAUCGUGCUGGGGAUAAUGGCACAAAACAGGCAAGGCCAAGCAGGCCUGUGAUCACAGCUCUAGGGAGGCUGAGUCAGGAAGAUCCCUGAGUUCGAGACCAGCCUGGGCUACAUAGUCUAAGGCCAGCCUAAACUAUAUAGCAAGACCCUGUCUCACAAAACAAAAACAACAACAAAAACAAACAACU